AUGGCAGACACACAGCUGACCCCAGAACAGACGAAGUGCAUUUUGAGCACAGCCGGGAAAGCAGAAGGGAAAGCAGCAGAGAAAGCAGCCGAUCCAGCGCCUCAGGAGGUGAAGCCCCAGGUGAACGGCCAACAAGGCGGAGAGGACAAGUCUGACGGGAAGGAGGAGAGCAGUCAGGAUGCAGACAAGACGACAGCAGCAGCGGCUGGCCCAGACCCAGAGGCCAAGAUACAGCAGGACCUGAAGGAGACAGAGGACCCUGAGAAGGUAUCGGGAGGAGCAGUAGAGCCAGCCGCCUCGGAGGAGGUGAAGGAAAAUGGAGACGCAGCUCCUGCUCCAGCACCAGCAGAGGAAGAGGCCAAGGAGGAGGAGAAGAAAGAGGAGGAGGACAUUCUUGGUCCAGAUGACGUGGUGUGUGACUCAUGCAUCGAGAGCCCUCGGCGGGCGUCUCGCUCCUGCCUCACCUGCCUUGUGUCGUACUGCGAGGCCCAUCUGAGACCCCACCUGGAGAACCCUAAAUUCCAGAACCACCGGCUGGUGGAACCCCUCAGGGACAUCGAGCGGCGGACCUGCGAGAGCCACAAGUGGCCCCUGGACCUCUACUGCUGCGCCGACGCCUGCUGCGUAUGCCAGGACUGCGUGGCGGAGGAGCACCGCGGGCACAACAUCAUGCCCAUCCAGGACGCCCGCAGGAAGAUAGAGAAAGAGCUGCGUGACAAGCAGACGGAGGUGGUCAAGACAGUGAACGCAGCCGAGAACGCCAUCACCAAGCUCCAGGCCAACACCGUCUCCAUUGAGACGUCGGUGAAGGGCGUGCAUGGCGUGAUCGAGGAGCAGUUCUCGGUGCUGGCGGCGGCAGUGGAGCGUGCCCAGCGGGAGGUGACGGAGAUGUUGGAGGCGGAGGAGCGCCAGGCACUACGGCAGGUGGAGGGCAUCCGCGUACACCUGGAACAGCGCUGCGCAGAGUUCAAGAAGACACAGACGCAGAUGGACAAACUCUCGCGCAACCAGAACGACGUCGACUUCCUGCAGGAGUACUCUGAGUGGAAGAAGGACACGCCGGACAUCUCGCUUCCUGGAGUGUCGAUCGAGCUCAUGGAUCGCCUCAAUGCCUUCAGCCGCGUGAUCCUCAGCUCUACACAGGAGUUAUGUGACAAGCUCCUCUCCUCCUACGUCAACACGCUGAAGGAAACCUGCAAAAACGAUAAACUCAGCAUCAAAACCACGGUACAAGCCAUUGUGAAAGCUAAACAAAACGGAGCCAUUCCUGAACCAAAAACAAGACUUGACUUCCUUAAGUACUGCACGCCGAUCUCCUUCGACGGCAACACGGUCCACAAGUUCCUGCGCCUGACGGAGGAGAACCGCAAGGUGACCAACACGACGCCGUGGCAGCACAGCUACCCGGAGGUGGACGAGCGCUUCGAGCACUGGCGGCAGGUGCUGACGACGGAGAGCUUCUACAUGGAGCGCAGCUACUUCGAGGUGGACAUCAGCGGAGAGGGCACGCACGUGGGCCUCACCUACAAGAGCAUCGAGCGCAAGGGCGAGGAGACCAACGGCUGCAUCACGGGCAACAACUUCUCCUGGUGCCUGCGGUGGGACGGCAAGUGCUUCUCGGCGUGGCACAGCGACGUGGAGACGCCGCUGAGCGUGCCCAAGUCCACCCGCAUCGGCGUGUACGUGGACUACCACGGCGGCCGCCUGGCCUUCUACGCCGCCGACAACGGCAUGGCGCUGAUCCACGAGUACAAGGCGGAGUUCCUGGAGCCGCUGUACCCGGCCUUCUGGCUGUCCAAGAAGGAGAACGUGGUGCUGUUGGUGCCGCCCGGGGACGCCCUGCCCCUCAAGAGCCCCUCGCCGCCCUCCUCACCGCCCACGCUGCACGCAGCACCUCCCCUGUCCCAGUAGGGCCUGUCGCCACCCUUCUCUCCUCCAAUACUCUAUUGAGAGUAAAGGGUAUACGGUAGAGGAGCUUUCUUCAGACAGUGGUCCCCCCCAGGGCAUGCCCUGCUGCUCAAGAGCACCUCGCCACCCUCCUCCUCGCCCAUGCUGUAUGUAUCACCACCCCUGCCUGCCCCAAUAGGGAGCGCCGCUAGGGGAGUUUCUUCAGGCAGUGGGCCACCCCAGGGGAUGCCCUGCCGCUCAAGAACCCAUCGCCCCCACCCUCCUCCCCUGCUACCCUGCACGCAGCACCUCCAGUGCCCCAGUAGGGCCUGUCACCACCCUCCUCUCCCCCCUACACUCUAUUGAGGCACUGGUGCCACGUGGGAGGCCCCAUUGCCUCAUAGGCUCCACUACUGUAGAGGGUCCAUCCACAGACUAUGGGUCCUCUCCCCCUGUACUCUGCAUGUAGUGCCAUCACUGCCUCUGUAGGGGCUCCACUGGAGGGACUAUCCACAGGCUAUAUGGGUUACUAAAUGCAAAAUGUAUGGGUCUCCACUACAGUAGAGCGCCUAUCCACAGACUGUGUAUGGGCUUAUUAUAGGUAUUGGGUUGUGUCCAAAAUGUCCACUCCUUUACUGCAUACAGUACAGCACAUUGUUUGUCAGCCAUAUUGGAUGAUUUAGCACAUGUACUUGACGGUGUGUAUUUUGGAUCAACCACUCAACAAUGAAACUGUUUUCCCUUCUCCUGAUAAUUCACACCUGAUUGUGAAUCAACUGUGAUUUCAGUAACAAGACUUUUUGGUCUUAGGGGAAGAAAAAGUGGUCUUCCAGUGGUCUUAAAAUGUUGGUCUCUCUCAGAGGACAAUCUCAGAAUCGUCUUUUUCUUCUUCGUCGUCUUCUUCGUCACCACCUCCACUGGUCCCACUAGUUCUUGGGCAGUGCAUGAUGCAUGAGGUCAUUUUAUGAGCUGGUCUUGUCCUCUUAUAGGUCAUAUUAUAAGAGCAAAACAUUUUAUUAUCAUAUUGUUUUUCAGGUCAGAGUAUAUUUUUGUAUAUGUUGGUGUCUUUAUACUGGUGAGGGUGUUAAUAAAUGUGUCAUUCAAGUUUACAAUUUCUGUAUACGUCAUAGGCCUACAUUUUACUGGCCAUUUCCUGCGGUGGUGGCUGUGUUCAGCUUUGUGCAAUGUCUAAACCACUGUGACUUGUUAGGGAUAUUUAUUUGCAAGCUGCUGGGAAUAUUGUUACUCUUUUGUUUACCUACUAUGUUUUGGAUUUUUGUGUUUUGAACUAAAAACCUGAUGGGAGACUCUUGAAUUGGGUUGCAUGAUCCAGUCACUGUACUGCUGAAAGCCUGGUAUUACUGGUUUACUAAAGGUUGCCUAAAUUAUUUAAAUUCUUUAAAAUGCCAUGUCAGCAGCAACAAUAGAGCUGAAACGUGCAAAAUCUUUCAUCUCAAUCAUACGCAUGGUUUCAGGAAUUCAAGACGUAACGUGUGUACUAUGAAAGAUAAUAAAUAUGU